CGGCGGGGGCCCCGGGGUGCGGGCCGGGGCCCGCGGGGGGCGGGGGGGAGAUGGGGGGCGGGCUCAGAGGGCGGCGGAGGUGGCCGGACCAGGACCGCUCCGCGGCUCCCUCCCGCUGCUCAUCCCCGCGUCCCCGCGUCCCUCCUCCCCUGACUCCCGGCAGCAUCCUCCGCGGACCCUCGGUCCUUACGGUCCUCACUCCCGGGGUCGUCCCGCUCCCGCCGCCCCGCGCAAUCGCCACCCCUGCCCGGCCGCCCCGGGAACUUUCUCCCCGCCCGCGCCCGGGAGUGAGGGGUGGCCGUGUCUGGGCGGGUGUCUCCCGGGGCUCCUCGGGAGGCGGUCUCCGGAGAAGGGCGUCAGGGUCCCGGAGAGACGCCCGCGCCCCCCCGCAGCCUGCCCCGCGGCGGGAGGACCGUCGGGUGUCGGCGUCCUCGCGGCCCUUCGCCCCCGACCAUGACCGAGAUGAGCGAGAAGGAGAGCGAGCCGGAUGACGCGGCCGCCCACGCCGCCCCGGGGACCGGGUCCGUCCUCCCAGAGACCAAGCUCCAGCGGUUCAAGCGCUCGCUGUCCCUCAGGACCAUCCUCCGCAGUAAGAGCGUGGAGAACUUCUUCCUCCGCUCCGGCUCCGGCACCGGCUCCGGCUCCGAGCUCAAGUGCCCCACGGAGGUGCUGCUGACCCCGCCCACCCCGCUGCCCCCCUCCUCCCCGCCCCAGGCAUCCACCCAGAGGGGCCUGCCCACCCCGGCCCCCUCCCCCUGCCCGGCCCCACGGCCCCUGGCAUCUCUCAAACCCGUGAGGCUGCACAGCUUCCAGGAACACGUCUUCAAGCGAGCCAACCCCUGCGAGCUGUGCCACCAGUUCAUUGUGGGAAACUCCAAGCAGGGCUUGCGCUGUAAGACGUGCAAAGUCAGUGUCCACCUCUGGUGCUCCGAGGAGAUCUCCCACCAGCAAUGCCCGGUCAAGUCGUCUUCCUCCUUCCGUCGCAACUUUAGCUCCCCGCUCCUGGUGCAUGAGCCGCCGCCAGCCUGUGCCGCCAGCAGAGAGUCUCCCCCCACCGGCGCCAGCGGGAAGGUGGACCCGGUCUACGAGACCCUACGCUAUGGCACCUCCUUGGCACUGAUGAACCGCUCCAGCUUCAGCAGCGCCUCUGAGUCCCCCACACGGAGCCUGAGCGAGCGGGAGGAGCUGACUGAGGAUGGGGAGAGCAGCAUCCGAAGCUCUGAGGAGGGCCCUGGCGACAAUGUGUUCACAGCCCCCGCAGAGAGCGAAGGCUCAGGACCGGAGGAGAAGAGCCCGGGGCAGCAGCCCCCCAAGCAGCCGCCGCGGAAGGACGUGGGGCCCAUGUACUCCUACGUGGCGCUCUACAAGUUCCUGCCCCAGGAGAACAACGACCUGGCGCUGCAGCCCGGAGACCGGAUCAUGCUGGUGGAUGACUCUAACGAGGACUGGUGGAAGGGCAAGAUUGGCGACCGGGUUGGCUUCUUCCCGGCCAACUUUGUGCAGCGGGUGAGGCCGGGCGAGAAUGUUUGGCGCUGCUGCCAGCCCUUCUCCGGGAACAAGGAGCAGGGCUACCUGAGCCUCAAGGAGAACCAGAUCUGCGUGGGCGUGGGCAGGAGCAAGGAUGCUGACGGCUUCAUCCGCGUCAGCAGCGGCAAGAAGCGGGGCCUGGUGCCAGCCGACGCCCUGACCGAGAUCUGAGCGGAGCCAGGAGAACCCAGAUGCCACCCCUGCCUGUGCCUGGCCCUCGCUUCUGGUCCCGGGAGGGGAGCGGGCAUCUGCCCACGCGCUCCCUCCAUCCGCCUCUCCCCCAGCAGCCAUCGCCACGGCUUGGGAGGCUUCUGCACUGAGGAAGGUUCCAUUUCUUGGUCCCAGCGUGUCAGAAAGAUGUGCUCCUCUGGGACUUGGGGUGGGGGAGGAGAGAAUGGGGGGGAUGGGGGAGCUCCAGGCAGGACCACCCCGUGCCCAGGCACCCCCAGUCCAGAUGCCAUGCUGAGUCCAGCCCUGAGGGGCAUUCUUGGGGGACCUCCCUGCUGCUUCUUCCCGCAGAGCCUGUGCCCACGCCAGCUUUGCAUGGCCCACGCUCCCUCUGCCGCGGGGCCCUGCUUGGGCCUGAUGUGUGCGGCCUGGCCACGCUGCCGGCGGAAGGAGUGCCUUCCC